CGCGCUCCCUUUUUCCCGGCGUGCCCCGCGCGCGCGCUGGCUGUCUCUGGCCACGUCCCCGGGCCACGUCGCUCGGUGCCGGCUGCGCUCUCGCCAUCUUCGCUCGGCUCCCCGGCGCUGCUUCCCCUCAGUCCUCCUCCUCCGCCGCUGCCGCCGCCAUGAAUAUCUUCCGCCUCACCGGCGACCUGUCCCACUUGGCGGCCAUCAUCAUCAUGCUCCUCAAGAUCUGGAAGAGCCGCUCGUGCGCCGGUAUAUCUGGGAAAAGCCAGCUCCUCUUUGCACUGGUCUUCACGACUCGUUACCUGGAUCUCUUCACUUCGUUCAUUUCUUUUUAUAACACUUCUAUGAAGCUUAUCUACAUUGCUUGUUCGUAUGCCACAAUCUACCUGAUCUACAUGAAAUUCAAGGCUACCUAUGAUGGAAACCACGACACGUUCAGAGUGGAGUUCCUUGUGGUUCCUGUUGGUGGAUUGUCAUUUCUCGUCAAUCAUGACUUCUCUCCUCUAGAGAUCUUGUGGACCUUCUCCAUCUACCUGGAGUCGGUCGCGAUCCUCCCUCAGCUUUUCAUGAUCAGUAAAACUGGGGAAGCGGAGACUAUCACCACCCACUACCUUUUCUUCCUGGGCCUGUAUCGUGCCUUGUACCUUAUCAACUGGAUUUGGCGCUACUACUUUGAGGGCUUCUUCGACCUCAUCGCUGUCGUGGCUGGCGUGGUCCAGACCAUUCUGUACUGUGAUUUCUUCUAUUUGUAUGUCACAAAAGUACUCAAAGGAAAGAAGCUCAGUUUGCCAGCGUAAGUGCCAAACCCAAUCGUCAGCAUCCCGUCGUCCUGGAUGCUUAGAACAAUCCUGACCACAAGCAAACGGCGAAGAUGCUUGAGACGGGAAGUCUUGAAACCUCUUCUCGCGGAGGGUCAUCGGCGGGCCCUUUAGGACCACGGAACCACCGGCUGACUUCUGUUUGAUGCAUCUUUGCCCUCUAUCUUUUUUUAUUACUAUGUAUAAAGAUUUUUUACAUAAAAGAAACUUAAUACUGUGUGAAUUAAUUCAGUGCGUAGGCUCAAUUGGGAUAGGCCCAAAAGUGAGAUUCUUUUUUUUAAAUCCGCUUGGGGUUGUUUAUGACCAGGAAUUAAGUGCAAAUGCUUUUUAUCUUCCAUGGAUUCUCUUUAAAUUACUGACUUUGCUUUGGUGCGCACAAGCAGGGGCUGAUUGACGGAUGGUAACCGUUUUGAUUUCAGAUUCCAUUCCACUGUAUUUAUUCCCACCCCCACCCACCCCACCAACUGAACGUUUUGUUUUGUCAACGGAAAGGGAAGGCCAGAAAUGGGUGAGCGUUUUUGUGGUUGGGAUGUUGCCAUUUCACGACUUUUCUUGGGUCAGCUAGGAUGUCCCCCCUAUUUUUUCCCAGUAGAGACCCCUUCCUAUAGUGCCUGCCGGCACAUACCACCCUCUACCUCCGUUACCUUUUGAAGAAGGUUGCUUGAGAGAAUUUGGUGCCAAUGCAGGGUUUUUGAAUACGGGGUUUUUUGCAUUUGUAAGAUAAGCACCGGCCCCUUCCGUUGUAUUAUUUUGUUCAGGACGAAACUGUCCCCCAUUUUGUAGGUGUGCGAAGCCUCCACUUUUUCGUAAAGGCAUCACUGUUCACAGCGAUUAGGACGAACCUUGUGGUAGUUGUCCGACUUGAAACACACACUGUAGAUGAGGUUUUUUUUUAAAAGCAACAUCUACAACUUUUUAAAAAACCCAAUAACUUUACAACCAGCGUUUGUGUUUAGCUUCAAGCAAGUUUUAGAAUGUGCCAGUUUUGAACAGUUUAGUGUGAUUUUUUAAUAACCCUUAUUCCUGGAUCAGCCACACCGAGUACUAUCCUUUCUCACCUUUGCAUUGAUUCCCUUUUUUACUGAACUGAUGCAUGACGACUUCUCAUGUGUUUACCAUCCUAAAUAAACAUUUUAUGAAGUGGUAUGCAUUGCAGUGGUGUUCUAGGCCCUGGGCCUCCGUGGCAGCCUGUUUUGGGGAAACAGUCGUGAUGUAUGCAUGGUCUGAUAACUAGUUUGGAUUGUAACAGCAAAAGACUAAAAAAGCACAAAUGCUUAAAUGUCUUGGCACGAAUUUGUCUUUUACUGUUCAGUCUUGACUGUAAGGAGAAGUUAGAACAUGGUAAUGUGCCAAGUUAUGGAAGGCAGAAAGGGUUCCUGUGAAACAUUGUACAAGCCACUGACUCUCCACCCUUAAUCGCCUGACGCAGUCACAUUACUAUGGAGGGAAAUCAGUUUGCUCGAUUCAAGCACAAAACCCUUUGAUUAGUUAAGUUGAUUGGACAAUUAUCUUUGCUGAAUUAGAUUUCCACUUCACGUGCUGGGAAGGGUUGAAGGGGACUGUUCAUGAUGCUGUUCUCCCCUUCCUUUUUUGUUUCCCCAGUUUGGAUUUCAGUUGUGGGAAAUGUGUGGGGGGUGGAGAGUGUAGGGAAAGGUGGCAGAGGGCCUUGAUCCAGAACAACGGCACGCUAUAUUGCUUCACGAUGCAUACCGAUGCACUUAGCUCUGACCUGGAGAAAGUCAGGCCUCUGCCUCAGUAAUUGCUUGUUACUCAGAUGAAUCUGUAACCUGUUGCAAAUAUAUUUUCUCACUCUC